AUGGAAACCUUGAACGAAGCCGUGUCUGCGGGCGAUCUUAUCCUCCUAUACGCCCCAGGGCAUACACCCUGCAUGCUCCUUGUUGAAUCAUCCCCUGACAGCCAUAUCUCGAAUCCCAAAACAUCCUCCAUCACUGUGCAAAAAGUGAAGGUGCACUAUCGUCUCAAACCAGGAUAUUGCAUAGUAUCCGGUCCAGACGUCUAUUAUAACGAGGAGGAAGACGAAGAUGCAUCGGGGGAUGACACUUCCACUGAAGCAGGCUGUGAUAUUUCAAGCCGCCCACUCAGUGCGUAUGUGACUGACUUCCCUGCUGAAUCUGAGGUUGAAUACCGCGUGAACCCCCAUGGACGGGAUGUUCUGCGGUACUACUGGGGUGGUCAUUGCCCGUUUUGCUAUAUGAAUGGUUGGUACUGUCCCGGCUGUGGUCCUGCCAUGCAGUUUCCGGACCUCUUUGGUGGGUGCGGUGUGGAUCAGUCUUGCCCCGUGUGCUAUGGGUACGAUUUUGCUAUGAACGAUAAAGUCAUGUUGAGAAAGGUAGAAGAGUACGAAUCCAGGCUAUGGCGCACCAAGUCCGAAUCUAAGGAGUACCGUGCAGAAUUGAGACAGGAGAUUCUCGCGAUGGUACGGGAGCGAUAUGCGCUCAUCGAUGCCCGGAGGCAGGUGAUGGGUUUUAGUCGUUAUGAUGUCAAUCACAUAGUGGAAAAUUGGUUUAAGGACGAUGACGAAUGAGA